AUGGACCGUCUUCUUGCGCGGAAGAAAUCCUCGUCCAAUCUGUCUCGGAAGCGAUCGAACUCUGGUACAACCAUGACACCCAGAGACCAGAAGCCGAAGGAGGAGAAGAGUGCACCCGAGCAGCCAACUCCUUACGGAACCCUCUUCGACGACCAAAUCUUUAUACAUGCUUGUUGCAACCUCGAGGAUAAGAAUGAGGCGAGGAUUAUUCAAGACAUUUCACGGUUUAUCGUCCCUUCGGCAGAAUCGCUUGCGCUCCGGAACAAGAACCAUAAAUGCCUUGUUAAAAGCGUUAACAAAGGGUGGAACAACUCGAUCCCUUUUACCACUACCCAUCCACAGCCUGACUACUCCGUUGGGUUUGAGCGAGACGCAUUUACCGAGGAGCAACUCGCUAAACCAUCACCCUUUAUCGGCGACUUUAUUCCCGGGGACCUGUCCUUCUCUGAGGCCACCUACUAUAUGUACUUCCCGUUCCUAACCAGCGAGGUGACGUGUGGCGCCGCGGCGCUCGACAUUACAGACCGGCAGAACGCCCACAGGAUGACCCUUGCGGUACGGGCCAUCGUCGAACUCUUUCGUGAUGUCGAGCGCGAGGAUGAGGUUAACCGGAAGACCCUCGCCUUCUCCGUCUCGCACGACCACCAGUCAGUACGGAUCUACGGCCAUUUCCCAGUGAUAACCGGGAAAGAUACUGAGUAUUACCGGUACCCAAUCCGAAAAUUCAACUUCACAGAGCUGGACGGCAAGGAGAGAUGGACAGCGUACCAAUUCACCAAGAACGUUUACGACACAUAG